AAGAGAGAAUGAUGGGGAUGUCCAUGGAAAUCUCAUUUGCUCUGUUUGCCACACUAACAAUUCUACUCACUCUUUCUUCAACAGUCACUUCCCAUUACUCCUCCUUCUCUUCCACCACUUCUCCUGCUCAGCAUUCUUCAUCUUCCUCGUCGCCCUCCGAAUGGCGAUCUGCGCACGCUACUUACUACGCCGCCGCAGAUCCCAGGGACGCGGUAGGCGGCGCGUGCGGCUAUGGUGACCUUGUCAAAGCUGGUUACGGCAUGGGCACUGUGGGUCUCAGUGAGUCUCUCUUCGAGCGGGGUCAGAUCUGUGGUGCCUGCUUCGAGCUCCGCUGCGUCGAUGACCUUCGUUGGUGUAUCCCCGGAACCUCCAUUAUCGUCACUGCUACGAAUUUCUGUGCGCCCAACUAUGGCUUCACAGCUGAGGGAGGUGGCCGUUGUAACCCUCCCAACAAGCAUUUCGUGCUCCCGAUUGAAGCUUUUGAGAAGAUAGCUAUUUGGAAAGCUGGGAACAUGCCGGUUCAGUAUCGCAGGAUAAAGUGCCGAAAGCAAGGAGGAAUGCGCUUUACAGUCACAGGUUCUGGGAUUUAUAUCUCAGUGCUGAUCAGCAAUGUAGCCGGCGCUGGAGACAUUGUGGCUGUGAAGGUGAAGGGCUCAAGAACAGGUUGGCUUCCAAUGGGUCGGAACUGGGGCCAAAACUGGCAUGUCAAUGCAUUACUACAGAACCAACCUCUUUCAUUUGAGGUCACUGGUAGUGAUGGGCUAACAGUGACAUCUUACAAUGUCGCUCCCAAGGAAUGGAGCUUCGGACAAACCUUUGAAGGCAAGCAAUUUGAGUCAUAAAUGCAUCACAAAAUAUAUAGCCAAGUACCAUUUCAUGUCCCCCCCCCCCACCCAAAAAAAAAAGCUCCCUCAAGGGAAUAGGUAUAUAGGUAGCUUGUUUUUACGUCUUUUGAUUUUUUUACGUUUCUGGAGGAGAUAGUGUGUAGACUGCAUAAAUUUGUUGAAUUGAGGAUUGGUGGCUUGCAUAGUAUAUAGGUGAAGAUGAUCCCAUUUCGCUUUCACAUUA